AUGAGGUAUUCAAUUCUCUUCACUUCUUCCUUGGUCGGCUUGGCCGCUUCCCAGACAGGAAAUUACGGCCAAUGCGGUGGCGAAAACUGGAGCGGCGCAACGACUUGCAACGCUGGCUGGUCAUGCCAGUAUCAAAACCCUUGGUAUAGCCAGUGCCUUCCAGUAAGCUCGUCCGUGUCGUCCUCAGCGAGCACGACAAGCUCCUCAUCGUCCUCGACAUCAGCACCGACGACUCUGACAACAACGACGUCGGCAUUGUCGACAACUACCUCUACAUCAACCACGACCUCUACCUCGGCAACUGGUAGCCCAACUGGUAGCUCUUUGCCCUACGCCAAAGGUCCCAGCUUCGUAGUUGAUGGUAAAGAGGGAUACAUUGCUGGCACCAAUUCUUACUGGAUUUCUUUUCUCACCAACAAUGCCGAUGUUGACUUGGUUAUGGGUCAUUUAAAGUCAUCAGGCCUAAAGUAUCUGCGAGUUUGGGGUUUUAAUGAUGUCAACACUCAGCCUAGCUCAGGAACAGUGUGGUUUCAAUUGCUUGAAAACGGUCAGCAAACAAUUAACACUGGUGCUGAUGGAUUGCAGCGUCUUGAUUAUGUUGUGCAGUCUGCUGAAGCUCACGAUAUCAAAUUAAUCAUCAACUUUGUCAACAACUGGGAUGAUUACGGUGGUAUGAAUGCAUAUGUUAACAACUAUGGUGGUAAUCAAACUGAAUGGUAUACGAAUACUGAGGCACAAAGUGCGUAUCAGAAUUACAUCAAGGCUGUUGUGGGCCGAUAUAUUGGAUCUCCAGCCAUCUUUGCCUGGGAGCUGGCCAAUGAACCCCGCUGCAGUGGCUGCAGCACUGAUGUGAUCUACAACUGGGUUAAGGCGACUAGUGAAUUCAUUAAGUCACUUGAACCUGAUCGCAUGGUGUGUAUUGGUGAUGAGGGUAUGGGUCUUACAACUGGUUCGGAUGGUAGCUAUCCCUACACGUACUACGAGGGAAAUAACUGGCAAGAGACUUUGACCAUUCCUACCAUUGAUUUCGGAACUUUUCAUAUGUACCCGAGUCAAUGGGGCGAGCAAGAUUCAUGGGGAUCUUCGUGGGUCACUUCUCAUGGAGAAGCCUGCCAGGCCGCUGGGAAACCAUGCCUCUUGGAAGAAUAUGGUUCGACUACUCACUCCAAUGAGGUCCCCUGGCAAACCACUGCCAUUAGCAGCGUUGCCGCCGAUUCGUUCUGGCAGUGGGGUGAUACCCUGAGCACCUCACUCUCUCUCGAUGACUAUGCUAUCUACUAUGGUAGCAGCGACUACACCUUGCUGGUUACGGAUCAUGUUGCCGCCAUCAACGCGGCGGCUUAA